UCUGGCUUCAUGAGACCCACCCUGUGUUCCGGCCUCGCUGUUACGUCUGUCCGUCCAUCUCCAUGGUGAUUAACCCGUCUUGUCCCUGUGUGGACGCCUCCGGCAACAUCAGUCUAGAUGGACUGAAGAACUGGAUGCAUGUAAGUUACAGCUGAUUCUUCCUGUCCAGGUUCAGCAGCACACAUGAUCUUGUCCCUGUGUCCCUGUGUGGAGUGUCAGUAUGUUGACGCUGAAGAUUGAACGUCUGCUGGUUGGGGAUGAUGUGCUUCUUCCAAGAGUUAACAGCUGGUCCACUGAUCCAGGACCAGGACAGAAUCCAUAUCAGUCCUCUUGAAUCUAAGGUUGAAUCUGAGGUCUCCUAUCAGCGGCCUGUGAAGAUUGUCCCUCCAGGUCGUGAUUGUCCAACAGCUGAGUUCAGGGCAACUUAUCAACUCAUCAAGACCAUUAAUGUCACUUGGUUCGUUUGUACUCGUGACGAAACGACAGUCGGAAUCACCUGAAGCCGGGUGUGAAUGGUUGUGAAGUCCCUGCGUUGCAGAUGGGGAAUAAAUGUUUCUCUAGUUUAACUGCGUCCUCUCUCAGACCACCUGUCCUUCCUGUCCAAAAUAUGUACGUUGUUGUCCUUGAAGGAGUGUCCCUGAUCCUUCAGGUGUAGGUAAACUGCAGAGUCUGACCUGAGGAGCUGUGGUAGUAGUUUCAUUGAUAUAUAUAAGGACAGAGGACACAGCUCUGUCCAGACUGUCGCAGGUGUAAUAAUAAGACUAAUAAUAAUACUGAUUAAUGAGAAUAAUCAUCUGGGCAGUUGGUGGUUUGCAGUCUCAGAGCUCCGAGGGCAGAUGAGUCAGUAACGUGUGAACGGGCUGUGAAUGAGAGGAGAAGAGAGGAGCUCAGUGCAUCAUGGGAAGUAUAUCCAUUUAACUAGGGGAUGGUUCAAAGCCUGACCCAGAACUGACUGUAAGAUCUGAGAGUGAUGAUAGAGAGGCUGAUCAGAUCCAGUGAAGAGGAGCAGCCUGGUCGGGAUCAGGUCUCAGAGACCGGGUUCUGAGGGUCCUCUGUCUGAGGAUCACUCUGUGCUGGGGUGUGUCCGACCUAUCACUGCUUGUGUCAGAGAUGAAGCAGGCCUUCCAGGUGGACAUGCCCCUUUACGCCAGGUGUCCUGUACAAGCCCCUCCCCCUGCAGGUGUGCAGGUGUCACAGUCAGCGGCAGGUGGCAGGUCAGAGAGCCUCCAUCAUCCCUCCAUCGCCUCCUCGUCUCAGAGCUGUCGUCUCUCCCUCACCUCCUCCUACCUGUCUGGACAGAAAGCCAGCCAAUGGGAGCAGAGCAGGGAGGUGAGGGUGAGGAGGUCGUACACUGAGGAGCUGCUGGGGAUUGACUUCAGUGCUCCUCCUCCCUCCUCCCUCUCCUGCUCCAACCACAACAACCCCUUCCUGAACAUCUCCCCCCCAGGUCCCCCUCCAGAACCCCUCAGCAAGAUGAUGGGGGCUUUGAGACUCGGUGGAGAGUCCAGCAGAGGCCAGCAGGGGGACUCACCUUUACGGACGGUCCAAUCAGAAGCAGCCAGGGACAGACACAGGAGGGGCUCUGGACCGGCACCUGGGCUGCAUCAGAGACUUCCGUCUCAGCCAGCAGCUGAAGUGGACCACACCAUGAUGGUGGCCCGUCUGCCUCCGGACCAGGCGGCCAUCUUCCUGUCUCUGAUGAAGAUGGAGGGGCGGAGCUUCAGCCCCAGCGAUGUCCUGGAGGCAGUCCAACUCAACGGAGACCUCCCGUCAGCCCUCCGGUUCCUGACUCACAGCUGCCCCAUCUGUCAGGAUCAGGUGACCUUCAGCAAGAUCAUCACCAUGACUCACUGCUCCUGCUUCCUGUGUCAGACGUGUUUUAAGACCUUUUUCUCUGCAGCCAUUAAAGAGCGAAGCAUCGAUCGGCUGGUUUGUCCUCAGUGUGGCAGACCUGAGGUCAGAGGUCAGCGGAUAGAAGAGUCCAUGGACUAUUUCAACCUGCUGGACACUCAGAUUCGUCACUUCCUGUCUCCUCAGGUCCACGAACUCUUCCAGAGGAAACUCAGAGAUCGAGCUCUGCAGGAGAUGCCAAACUUCUGCUGGUGUGCUCAUUGUUCGUUUGGCAUGCUUCAUGAAGCUGACCUGUUGAGGAUGGACUGUCCCAGCUGUAAGAAGAGCACCUGCUCUCAGUGCAGAUCACCUUGGUCUCCUCAGCACCAGGGUCUGUCCUGUCAGCAGUUCAGAGUCUGGCAGCAGCAGAACCAGCCGGAGCGCCACAGCACCGCCCUGCUGGGCGACAGCAGCAUCGAGUGUCCCAACUGUCAGUCCAUCUUCAGCCUGUCCAAAGGAGGCUGUCUCCACUUCACCUGCAGCCAGUGUCAGCAUCAGUUCUGUGGAGGCUGCAGCCAGACCUUCAGUCCCGGAGCUGCCUGCAGGUUCUCCGCUGACUGUGGAACCAAAGGUCUCCACGCCCACCACCCCAGAGACUGCCUGUACCACCUGAGAGACUGGAGCGUGACCCGCCUACACCUGCUGCUCCAGCAUUACAGAGUGUCUCCUUCCUGGUUGGAGCCAGCCGAUGGCAGCUCACCUUGGCCCAGUCUGACAGGAGUAUGUUUGGUUUUGGAGCUGAGAGACGACAGCAGCAGGCGGGAGGAGCCCUGCAGACAACCUGCGCUACCUGAAUACAGAGGAUACUGCCAGUUGCACUAUAAGGAGCGUUUGGUGGAGUUGAUCAACCGUUGUCAUGCCGACCCAGCGGUCCUCUUCAGUGCGGCGGAAAUGAUGGCAGAGCUGCAGCGUUGGAACGUCGCCAUGCCAACCAGGAAACCCGACGAAUCAGAGCCACUGUACACCCACCGCCUCCGCCAGACUCUGACCACUCAGCUUCCUCUCAGGAAGCAGCGACGGUCUCUGCUCAAACUCAGCGACGACCUCUGCCCUCCGCCCUCUGCUGUGGCUGCUGGACCCCCGCCCCCUCACCUGCUGCUGACAGACUGACCCUGCCCACUCCUGACACACCAGCCAAUCAGAUGACAGCGCCGACCUUUAAGCUGAGAUAUCUGGAGACUUUCCACGGCUGCGUCCUGGUCCGGCUUAGUGAACUGACAAACUAACACGACCAAAAUAAAAGUCCUCACCCUUUAAAUUCCAGUGACUUUGUGACAUCGUCAGUUGGGUUGAGCUGGUGGCCUCUGAUUGGCUCACUGAUUGAAACACAGCCAGUGAAACAGUCCAAUCAGAGUUCAGGACCGUUGACCUGGACGAGCUGGAACGCUGCUCCAACACCUGAGGACGCUAACGAAGCUAACGCAGCUGUUCAGUGUUUGAGGAUCUGCUUCUGAUGGGCACCAGUUAGCAUGUUAGCAUGUGUUAGCAUGUGUUAGCAUGUGUUCAUGCACAUCAGUGUUUUCAGAGCAGCGUAUCAGGGCAUUGGACCCUCAACCCUCUUUUUUUAGUUCUUUCUCAUUAACUAAAUAAUAUAUCAAUAAAUCUAAUAAUUAUUAAAACCUUAAAUAUGA